UUUUGAAUUGUUUUUCUGCCCAAGUCUCGAGUCGCGUUUUUCACAACGCCACCGGUGGGAAGACAACUUGGCUUGAAAAUAAAACAGUUUAAAUUUGAUACAAUUUUCAUUUUGGAGGCCGGCAAAAAGGUCGGACUGCUUUCGGUCACUGAGUGAUUGGAUCAAAGUUGAACAAUGUCUUACCUGCCAACUCUCUUCAAAUAUGUGGACGAGCACCAGGACCAAUACGUUGAGCGCCUGGCAGAAUGGGUCGCUGUACAGAGCGUGUCUGCAUGGUCAGAAAAACGAGGGGAAAUCAAGAAAAUGAUGGAGAUGGCAGCCAAAGAUAUCGAGAGACUUGGUGGAACUACUGAGAUGGUUGACAUUGGGAUGCAGAAGUUACCAGGAGGUGAGGAGAUCCCUCUUCCUCCGAUAGUUCUGGGCAGACUUGGAUCAGACCCAGGCAAGAAGACUGUGUGCAUCUACGGACACUUAGAUGUUCAACCAGCCAACAUCGAGGAUGGCUGGGACACACCUCCCUUCACUCUGGUGGAAAAAGACGGUAAAAUGUAUGGACGAGGAUCUACUGAUGACAAAGGACCUGUUCUAGCCUGGUUCAACAUCAUUGAGGCCUAUCAGAAGAUUGGACAGGAACUUCCCAUCAAUGUAAAGAUCUGCUUUGAGGGAAUGGAGGAAUCUGGGUCAGAGGGUUUGGACGAGCUGGUUUUCUCCCGAAAAGAUUCUUUCUUUAACAAUGUCGACUACGUCUGCAUCUCUGAUAACUACUGGUUGGGGAAGACCAAGCCUUGCAUUACCUAUGGGCUGAGAGGAAUCUGCUACUUCUUUAUCGAGGUGGAAUGCUGUGAUAAAGAUCUUCACUCGGGAGUGUUUGGAGGAUCUGUUCAUGAGGCCAUGACUGACCUCAUAGCUUUAAUGGGCUCUUUGGUGGAUAGUAAGGGCAAGAUUGUCAUUCCUGGGAUUUACGACGAUGUGGCUAAAUUGACUGAUGAGGAAAAGAAACUCUAUGAGAAGAUUGAGUUUGAUAUGAGAGAAUACGCCAAAGAUGUUGGAGCACAAAAACUGCUACAUGAAACCAAGGAGCAAAUCCUCAUGCACCGCUGGAGAUACCCAUCUCUUUCUCUGCACGGCAUCGAGGGAGCGUUCUCCGAAGCAGGGGCCAAAACUGUGAUCCCUCGUAAAGUCAUCGGCAAGUUCUCUCUCCGCCUGGUACCUGAUAUGGAUCCUAAAGUGGUGGAAAAACAGGUUGUUACUCAUCUGGAAAAGAAGUUUGCGGCAUUGCAGAGUCCCAACAAACUGAAGGCAUACAUGGGGCAUGGAGCCAAAGCCUGGGUGUCUGACUUUAACCAUCCUCACUAUAUGGCGGGCAGGAAAGCUAUGAAAACUGUGUUUGGUGUGGAGCCUGACCUCACCCGUGAGGGAGGAAGUAUCCCCGUGACUCUAACCUUCCAAGAAGCUACGGGACAAAAUGUUAUGCUACUUCCUCUUGGCUCCUCUGACGAUGGAGCUCACUCACAGAAUGAGAAACUCAACAGAUCCAACUAUAUUCAGGGCACCAAGAUGUUGGGAGCUUACUUCUAUGAGGUCUCUCAGCUUAGUUAAAUGGAAUUUCCGGCUCGGCUUGAGUAGGCUGGUAUAUACUGUAUUUAGGGGUUCAAAGAUAUGUAAUACUCAGAUAAGCGUACAGCCCUGGUGGCAUUUAUAUAUUGGUAAGGAAAUGGCGAGUGAAUAUUGCUUGGCAGAUGCUUGUAUUAUUACUGAGCCUUGACAAUCUGGUUGUAUUAAGCAGCUGCAUUGCAUAAGAAAUGCAUUUGAAAUCUGUAUAAAAUAACAAACAUGCAGUUUAAAUCCAAAAAAGCACACCCUGUUCAUUUACUACUGGCCAUAACACCUGUCUUUUUGUGUCUUAAUAUCUUUUUUUGUAAGAUAUGGCUUGCAUUAUUAUGAACUAUGAUGUCAUGUUAUUGGGCAUAAUCUGUUGGCACGCGUAUUGAAUAUGCACACCAUAAAGUGCAAAUGAUGUCAAUAAAUGAAACUUUGAUUACUUAUAUAAAUGCUUACGACUUGUAAAUUUUUAAAUGUAGCCGUGGACAGUCUGAGCUCUAAAAAUGUUUAGUUCACAGUUAAUCUUUGGUACUGCCCUUCACAAAUGCAUCAUUUACUCACCUCAUGUCAUUCGUCUGUGAAGACCAUUUCAAAGAAGUAAACAACACUGGUCCUUAAAGCACUUCCUGUUUUCUUUUUUUUUAUUUCACAUGAAUUAAGUCUUCAUGAUGUUCAUUUAACAUUUUUAUUCGGUUUUAAGUGUUAUGUAGUGUUAAAAAAGUGAAACGGGAAGUAUUUCUGGAAUAGUGUUGUUAGCCUCUUGCAAAAUGGUCUAUGUGACUCUUUUCUUCUGUGGAACACAAAACAAAAUAUUUUGAGUAAUGUCACAGUGGUUUUGUAUUCAAACAAUGAACGUCAGUGAGGUCCAUUGUUGUUUGCUUACCAACGUUCUUCAAAAUAUAUUCUUUUGUGUUCUGGAAAACAAAGUCAUACAUGUUUGGAAUGACAUCAGAGUGACCAAAUGAAGGCAUUUCCAUUUUUAGUUGAACUAUCACUUUGAUUUAAUAUUUUUUUCGCUUAAAUUGUAGAGACACUUUCAUGGAGGGACUGUAUGUGUGAAUAGGUAAAAACAAUCGGUAAACAGACCCCUUUCAUUACCUAUAUGUUUUAAUGUAGUCUUAUUCUUUUUUUUGAACAGUUGACAUCCUUCUUAUUUAGUUUCACAAUAAAUCAUUUAGAAGAGCAUGCGUAAACUAUGCUUGAGUGUGUAUUUACUGUAUGUGCAUGUAAGCUGAUGUCUGGUGCUCACAGGUGGACUGACAUCACACUGGUGGGUCUGCAAUAUGAGCGGUAGGCCACUUUCAUCCCGUACCUACCUCCUCUAUAGCCUCGGGUACCACGCAUCCAUAGCGAAGGGAGGUGAAUGAAUCCAAAUGGACAAACUUGUCUGGUGGCGCUAUUUUCCUAUGACAUUGAGUUUCUAAAUGUGACCAGACAGCCCAUUUCUGCCCUUAAGAUUUUUUUUACUUCUCUCCCUCUCUUCUGCUUCUGUUCGGAACAGCUUUGGCCCAUCUGACAUUUUUUUGAGUGCACCAUGUUGAAAUGCACAUCGGCCUUGUAAGAUAUAGUGGCCUGUGGCAAUGGCUGUCAGUAGGAAGAGAAGCGAAGCAGGAGAAUCUGAAUAUGAAACUGUUUACCGAGCCUUGCCGUGAGGAGCACAGCCACAUUUCAUCAGAACUUACUGGUUUAGAAGAAUGCCAGACCUCGUAGUGAAUGCAGGUUGUCUUACUAUAACCGUGAAAUAGUGUAGCUGGUUUGAUGUUUACAAUGAUUGAUUGUUGUCAUGGGUGUCAAAUCAUUUUUUGCAUGAUUAUGGUUGUGAGAAGAUACAUUUGUUCUUAUGGCAGUUGGUAGAGCAUUGCAUUAGUAGCACCUAAGUUGUGGGUCCCAAGGAACAUACUUAUGAAAUGUAUAGUUUAAAUGUACUGUAAUUUGUUC